AUUUAAACCAUCCAACUUGAGACUAUGGAGUAUUCCACAAACAUAUAUCUCUUCCACUCAUCAAUAGAGAAAGCAUGAUUUCUGAUAAAGGAAUUCCAAUCAAAUUUCUUCUUUUUGUUCUACUUUGUGUCUAUGUUUCAGGAGAUGAUGCAGAAGUGAGAUGCAUUGCGAGGGAGAGAGAAGCUCUUCUGAGCUUCAAGAAAACCCUCAUCGGUGAUGAUGGUAUUCUCUCGUCAUGGCGAAAUGAUGAAUGCUGCGAAUGGUAUGGUGUUGUGUGCAGCAACACUACUCGCCAUGUCAUCGCCCUCCAACUUAAUACUUGUGAUUUGGAAGGUGUAUUGCAAGGUAAGGUUGGUUCUUCCUUGCUUGAGUUGCAUCAUUUAAACUAUCUUGAUCUCAGUUGCAAUGAUUUUGGAGGCAAUCCAAUACCGGAAUUCAUUGGUUCCAUGAAACAAUUACAGCGCUUGUAUCUCAAGGGUUCUCACUUUUCUGGUAUCAUUCCUCCUCAGAUAGGUAACCUUACUAAUCUACGCUCACUUAGUCUCUCAUAUAACUCUUUGACCACUGAGAAUCUCGAUUGGCUUUCAAGUCUCUCUUUGUUGUCUUUUCUUGGUUUGAGUCAAAUCAACUUGAGUCAUACAAACUGGCUGCAACAUAUCCUAAGGCUUCAUUCCCUAAGUGAAUUGUACUUGAAUUCUUGUAACUUGAAGGAUACUAAACCUUUUCUUAAUUCUUCUUCCAAAUCUCAUCUUUCUAUCCUUGUUGUGUCUGAUAAUAACCUCACUUCUUCCUCGUUCGAUUGGUUAUCCAACUUAAACACAAGUCUAGUGGAAAUAGACCUGUCACACAAUGCUUUUUUAGGCCCGAUUCCUAAUGCACUAAUAGAGAGUUUGGUUCUUAUUGAGCAUCUUGAUCUUUCUAGUAACAUGCUUCAAGGUCAAGUCCCAAAAUCUUUGUCCAAUCUCAGUCGUCUGCGCGUCUUAGUUCUUUAUGAAAAUGACUUAGGAGGAGAACUUGAUGAGCUGUUUGGAAAUAUAUCCGCCAAAGGAAUGUUGGAAUCACUCCAAAUUCUGGAUUUGGCUGAUAAUAAACUCAAUGGUUCAGUGCCAGACCUGAGAGCAUUUUCUGGAUUGACAGAAGUGUACUUUGGGGGAAACAACUUCACAGGCUCCAUGCCUCUAAGUAUUGGUCAACUCUCGAAGCUGGAGGUUCUAGAUCUUUCUAGUAAUUCUUUGCAAGGCGUAGUCUCUGAAUCCCACUUCACCAAGCUUGAUAAAUUGAAGAUACUAGAUUUAUCCUUGAAUUCAUUGAUCUUGUAUGUUGCCCCCGAUUGGAGUCCUCCUUUUCAGUUGAAGCAUAUAUUUUUAGCAGAAUGCAAUGUGGGCCCAUCUUUCCCAAAAUGGAUCCAAACUCAGGAGAAUUUGUCUAGCCUUUAUCUCUCCGGAGGUGGCAUAAGAGAUGAAGCCCCAACAUGGUUGUGGACUAUAUCCCCUUCAUUAGAGGCCUUAUUUCUUUCUUACAAUCAAAUUACUGGAUCUGUUCCUAAUCUCUCAUCCACUUCCAUCAGAACCUUAGAUCUUAGUAACAAUAGUUUCUCAGGUCCUAUUCCAUUAUUUUCUGCCAUUAAUGCCAGGAAUAUUCAGUUGAGUGGAAAUAUGUUCUCUGGUUCAAUUUCAUCUAUUUGCAAAAUUCCCCAAUAUCGUCAGCUUCGUAGACUUUACCUCUCCAAUAAUAAGUUGGCAGGAGAGAUUCCCAACUGUUGGGAUAAAAUGCCAAACUUGGACUCUUUGAAUUUGGCCGACAACAGUUUUUCGGGUGAAAUUCCUCGCUCUUUCGGCUCUUUGCUUCACCUCUUUGCACUACAGUUGCGUGGUAAUAAUUUAUCUGGAGAGUUGCCUUCCACUUUGAGACUUUGCCAGCAUUUGAGGUUAGUUGAUGUUGGAGGGAAUGCGUUAACAGGAGAGAUCCCCACUUGGAUUGGCGACUUGGAUAACAUGGCAUUUCUAAACCUUCACGGGAAUAAAUUGCAUGGCAAUAUUCCUCCUCAGAUUUGCAAUCUCACUCAUAUUCGAAUUCUGGACUUGUCGAUAAACAUGUUGUCUGGAAAAAUACCUGAUUGCUUCAACAAUUUUACUACCAUGGCUCACAAGAGUACCAUACAAGCUGAAUGGCUUGGUUAUAUCUACGUGUUCCAUUACAAUGAUAAUCUUCCAAAUGUGAAAAUUCGACCUGUCUAUGAAUAUUCGGCAAUUCAAUGGAAAGGUCAAGAAUCGGAAUAUACUCAUAAUCUUCGGCUUCUCAAACUCAUUGAUUUUUCAAGCAAUAGUUUGACCGGAAACAUUCCCAAAUCAUUUUCCAGUAUGCUUGGAUUAAUUUCCUUGAACCUAUCAAGAAAUAGUUUGACAGGAAAUAUAAUUGGAGAUAUUGGUGAGAUGGAGAUGUUAGAAUGUCUUGACCUAUCACACAACCAAUUUUCCGGUGAAUUGCCCACAAGCCUGGCACAGUUACAGUACUUGGCUGUUCUCGACUUGUCGAACAACGACUUAUUUGGUAAAAUUCCAACGAGUACUCAACUUCAGAGCUUCAACGCAUCUGCUUAUGAUGAGAAUGACGGACUCUGUGGGCCCCCUCUGGCAUCGUGCCCCGAAGAUAGCUUGAGGCCAUCCACCACUAAUCCGAAUGAGAAAGACGACAACAGCCUCUCUUUUAUGCAAGAAGUCUGCAUAUCAUUGGGCUUUGGUUUUAUAUUUGGAUUUUGGGGAGUUGUUGGAACUUUCAUACUGAAGAAAUCAUGGAGAAUUGCAUACUUCAAUUUCUGGGAUGCUGUUGGAGAUUGGUUCUACGUCAGGAUUGCUGUGUUUGUAUCCAAAUGGAGACGAAGCUGAAAUACUGAGGCGGACAAGCUCGUGGAUACAUGAAGAAAUGUGGAAGAAGUGUUGCUAGUAAUUAAUAAAUAUAGUUUUGGUACCUCAAUUAUAGUCCUAUUAUGUGUUUCUUAAUACUUUAAUUAUGUCGCUGUUCAUCAAAUUAAGUGUUUUACCUACUUUUUAUUUUUUAUUUUUAUUGUUGUUUGUCAUGUAUUUUAAGUGAUGAAGUUAUAUUGAAUAUGUUGUAUGUGUGACAGUGGGUUCAAGCUGCAGGGACUGACUUGCGUAAUAUAUAUAUUAUCCCUCGUAGUAUACAUCAUUCUUCGAUCUGUAUUUUGGAAUUUCUUUGUUGAUCAAUAAAUCUCCUCCGAUUGACUCU